GCGGAUAAGACAGCAAUAAUAAUAAGUUGAUAAAGUGCUAUUUUGUUUAGUCUAUAAACUGAUCUUCUAAUAAGAACACAAAUCACAUAAAGAUGUCGACAAAACUCUUACAAAAUCGUGGAUUAUCAAGUGUCUUGGCAUCAAGAUGCAACUCUUGGUGGUCAGCUGUACAAAUGGGUCCUCCAGAUGCUAUUUUAGGAGUUACAGAAGCUUUUAAGAGAGAUACUAACCCAAAAAAGAUCAAUCUUGGAGUCGGAGCUUAUCGUGAUGAUAAUGGAAAACCUUUCAUACUUCCAAGUGUUCAAAAAGCCGAAGAAAUUAUGGCAAAAAAAGCUUUAGACAAGGAAUAUGCACCAAUUUCCGGACCAGCUGAUUUCUGUAAAUUGAGCAUUGAAUUGGCACUUGGCGAGAACAGUGAGGAAUUGAAGGCUGGAUUAAAUGCAACAGUUCAAGGAAUUUCAGGAACUGGAUCUUUACGUGUUGGUGGAGCAUUUUUGUCAAGCUUCUUUCCUGGAAAUAAGGAAGUCUAUCUCCCAGCUCCAUCUUGGGGAAAUCACACACCCAUUUUCAAGCACUCAGGAUUAAAUGUCAAGUCCUACAGAUAUUACGAUCCAAAAACAUGCGGAUUAGAUUUCCAAGGAGCUUUAGAUGAUAUUUCUAAAAUUCCUGAACGCUCUACUAUUCUCCUUCAUGCUUGUGCUCACAAUCCAACUGGCGUAGAUCCAACAUCCGAGCAAUGGCAAGAGAUGUCAGCAUUGAUUAAGAAGAAGAAUUUGUUCCCAUAUUUUGAUAUGGCUUAUCAAGGCUUUGCUAGUGGAUCAGUCGACAAGGAUGCAUUUGCAGUAAGAUUAUUUGUUCGUGAUGGUCAUCAAAUUGCACUAGCACAGAGUUAUGCUAAGAACAUGGGACUUUACGGUGAACGUGCUGGUGCAUUCUCAUUAAUUACAUCCAGCAAGGAAGAAGCUGAUCGCACUUUAUCACAAUUGAAGAUUCUCAUUCGUCCAAUGUACUCAAAUCCACCAAUUCAUGGUGCUCGUAUUGUCAGUACAAUUUUGAGCACACCAGAACUUAGAUCUGAAUGGCUUGGUGAUGUUAAAGAAAUGGCUGAUCGUAUUAUAUCCAUUAGAUCCAAAUUGAGAUCAACUUUAGAAAAUCUCGGAUCAAAGAGAAACUGGCAACACAUUACUGACCAAAUUGGCAUGUUCUGCUUCACAGGCAUGAAUGCUGAACAAUCGACAAGAUUAAGCAAUGAUUUCAGCAUUUAUUUGACAAAAGAUGGAAGAAUUUCAAUGGCUGGAGUUACAACAAAGAAUGUUGAAUAUUUAGCUCAUGGUAUUAAUGAAGUCACCAAGUAAAUUCGUCCACAAAAGUAUCUCUCAAGUCACGCGAAUUUAGAUUAAUAUGGAAGAAGUUAAGGCAUUUUGAAUCACUCGUAUCCCAUCGUGCAUUUAUUUAUUAAUGCAUUUCAUACAAAUUCAGUGACAUUGUCAAAAUUCUUGUAGACUGACUUUCCAAUGUCUAGCACUGAAAGUUGUUCCUUAUUAUUUAUGUUAAUUAUUAUUGUUUAAAUCUAUUUUUUAUAAUGCACCUAAUGUCCUAAUCUAAUUGGGAUGUAAUUUUGCAAUGCACACUCUUAGUGGAACUAAAUUCUAAUGUUGAUGCUUUUGUCUUCUGACAAAUAUUUAAGAAUGAAAAAGUCUUGUGAAAAUUACUUGAAAUAUAUUAAAAAGAAAGC